CACACACACACACACACGCACACACGCACACACACACACUCACAUUCACAUUAUUAAAAGCAUUUCCGUCUAAACACUCAUUUCCUGAUCGGUGUUUGGACGCUGCUGUCGGCUGGAUAAGGGUGUCUGCUAAGAAAGUAAUACAUCAUAAUAAUAGAAAUAAUAAUAAUUUGAAGACCUGCUCAACUUGAACCCAAACAGGACAUGGCGGAGUACACUGUCACCCUGGUCACAUCAGACCUCCCCAAGUCUGGGACGUUCAGCACGGCGCUGCUCACUCUUAUUGGGACGGAGGGGACCAGUGAGGAAUUCAAACUGGACACGCCACACCAGAACCUCUGCCCAGGAUCGGCAAGGAGGAGAGAAGGCAGAGAGGAGACCACCUCCGACAAGACCAGGCCGACUUGUCAUCUCGGCCGGCCCGAAGGGGCCUCGACGGACCGUGACGGACUUCACGCACACCUCGAGGGUCACAAGGAGCGUCGUCUCUGGAGAGGAGUACUCCUCCUACCAUCACACCUGUGCGCACGCUUACUCAUGUCUGUCGUCUCUCCUCUGGGGAGGCUGGUUCUGGUCCGGCUGCACACAGAGAGCAGGCCAGGCUUCCCGGAGCUGGCCUGGCACUGCCGGGAGGUGCGUGUGGAGCUCCCAGGUGGACCAGCGCAGCACUUCCCCUGCAUGAAGUGGAUCAGUAGUGUGGACAGCGUGGAGCUGUGGGAGGGAGAAGGUACCUGGACGAAGACUUCGACGUUCACACACAAGUCUCGCCGGCAGGACAUGUGUGAAGCUGCAGGGUGGCGCACUAUAAAUGAGGGGCUGCCUCGCUGUGUGGACAUGACAUCAUUGGAGCAGCUUGGACCCGAUUUCAGAUACACGCGGAGCGGCCCCGGGUUCAGUUCUCACUACCUGAGGGGGUUUGCUGAGCGCUGUGAGUCGUGGAAGAGUUUCGAGGAGAUCGAGACCCUCUUUAUCUUCAACUGCCCCCCCAGCAGAGCUGCCCACGCCCAGGUCGCUUGGACUCAUGUUUCGAGGACACUCCAGAAGAUUCUUAGACUGUCAACUGACCCCCAGCAGAGAGUUAGUUGUGUGUGUGUCUCUGUGUCUCUGUCUCUCUUUCCAGUUACCAGCAGCGUUGUCUCUGUGUCUCGGUUGCAGCGGGGGACUAUAUUCCUGGCGGACUACGAGAUUCUGGAAGGUGUCCCGGCUAACCUUGUGAAUGGGCAGCAACAGCACCUAGCCGCUCCUCUGUGCCUUCUCUACAGGAACCAGCAGGGGGAGCUGCUUCCCAUAGCUAUACAGCUGAAGCAGAACCCUGGCCCUGAUAAUCCCGUGUUCCUGCCCUCGGACUCGGAGGCAGACUGGCUCCUUGCUAAGAUCUGGGUGCGAAACUCCGACUUCCAGUGCCACCAGUUAGGGUCACACUACCUGAAGACGCACAUGCUGGGAGAGGCGUACUGCGUGGCAACACUGAGACACCUGCCUGGGCCACACCCGCUACACAAGCUGCUAAUGCCUCACUUGCAGACCACCCUGCAGAUCAACAUUCAGGCCCGGGCCUCGCUGCUCGCUAAAGGGGGCGUCUUUGACAAGUCGAUCUCAUGUGGCCUGGAUGGCGCAGUGGCUCUUAUCCACAGAGCGAUGCAGCGCUUGCGCUACAGCGCCCUGUGCCUGCCGGAGGACCUACGAGAGCGCGGUGUCGACUCGCUGGAUAACAAUUACUUUGGCAGAGACGGGCUCAGAGUGUGGGGUGCUAUACACAGGUUUGUGGAAGGGUUGCUCCAGUUCUUCUACCCCAGUGACAGUGCGGUGCAGCAGGACUCAGAGCUGCAGAGCUGGAUCACAGACAUCUUUCAACACGCCUUCCUGGGGCUGCAGCAGACAGGCUUUCCCCAGUCAUUCCAGAACAGGGCAGAGCUGGUGAAGUUCGUUACCAUGGUGAUCUUCAGCUGCACUGCGCUGCACGCUGCAGUCAACUUCUCUCAGCUGGACUUUAACCUGUGGAUGCCGAACUGUCCCGCCAGCCUCCGCCAGCCCCCCCCCAGCAGCAAGGGGUCCCUGACCCUGCAGGACCUCCUGCAUCGCCUCCCCGAGGUCAACUCCACCUGCUCUGUGCUGCUCACUCUGGCCAUGCUGUCCCAGCCAUCCAGCGACUAUAUCCCGCUGGGGUGCUACAGGGACCCCCCCUUCACAGAGGAGACCCCUCGGAAUCUGGUCUCGGAAUUCCAGGCGGCUCUACGGACUCUGGGGGCGGAGAUUGACGAUCGCAACGCUGGAUUGGAGCUGCCGUACAGAUACCUCCGACCGGACCUGAUUGAGAACAGCGUGUCCAUCUGAGGCCAUCUCACCGCAAGACAGCAGGGCUUAACAAUUAAAAAAUAUAUAAAUAAAUAAAAUAGGAUCAGCAGAGCCCCGGCUUCAGAUUUUGGUAAGCGAAGUACAGCUUGCAAAGUACACAUCAAGCACAG